UCGCACAUCUGACUGAGGGAUCGACCCCUCGCGCUCUCCCACAGAGCCUGUUCGGCCGGUCGGGGCUGGGGCUUCGGGCGCACAAGGGAAAUGAUGGGACCCGACGCUCAGCGCAGCUGGAAAGCGGACCCCGCCCAAGCAGCCGCUGGCUGUGGCGCGAGUCGCUCUUCGCUGACGUCAUCAGAGGGCGCGGUCGCCGUUUCUCGCAGCAGGAUGCGGGGGGAGGCGGCGGCGGCGGCGCGGCUGCAGGCUGUUGUCAGGGGUUACCUGAUCAGGAAAAGGCUUCAAAGCAUAAGGAGUAAGUAUGAGAGCAUCGUCAAGGAAAUUGAAGGUGACUUGGAUUGGGUCCAGUGGACUGGCCAUUUCUUCCCAAGACCAGCGUUUCUCUCAAAGUCUGCCAAGAAAUCAAUAAAGCCAUUCAACAGAGAAAAGGUUAAAAUUGACAAGCCACAAAAACAGGAUGCACAAUAUUUUCAAGAGAUAUCACAGUCUAAACAAAUGUGUGACUUUGAGAUGCAGUUUCCAAGCCGAUUACUGGCUGAGGUGGAACCCAAGGAACCCAAGAUCAGUGAGGUAGGACAGCAAGCUGUGGAUGCUCACUCUGGGAAUGUCUGCAGCCUGUCAGGAGAAAACGAGGAAGGCGGGGAACCCAGCAAUGCCUCAUCUGACUGGAGCAGCACAGUUCUGGGGAUGGAGUCUCCCAGGAUGAGCCAGGUAUUUGAUCCUGAAACACAGAUUGGGGAAACCAGCUUGAGAGCUCACAUGCGAUCUUUUCACACUGAACUGGAAGCUGACACUGACCCACUACCUCCAGAAAGGAAGCAAGGGGCUGCAGGCAAGGUGUCCGCCGUGCUUCUUUUAGAGAGGCCACAUCCUGAAGUCACCAUUCAGAUUUACAAAAGGAACUCUAAAAACUGGGGAUUGCGAAAGCUUUUCAAGGCUGGCAGACUUUUUGGAACUGCUGUUGCAGAAGCUUCUUUUGUGCACUUUUGGUGGAGCAACAUCAGUUUUACCAGCAUUUGCAAAGCUAUGGUAGCUAGUGAUCAGUGGGCUUUUUUCCCCUGUCAGUUACAUUAGAGCAGCUUUGACCAGAAAGUUUUCAAUUUCUGGAGAUUAUUCCAGGGCCCUGUAUUGUAGCUGGAGCCCUUCUGCUUUUUGUGGCUACUGGCUGUUUGCUUAUUCUUAAAGUCUUUACUGCAUGGCUGUUUCUGCUGUUUUGCUGGCUUAUUUUUUGAAAUUUGGAUGCUCUCUAUUAAUAAAUUGUUAUGAAAUUAAAUAAAACAUUUUUUCCUCCA